AUGUCGAUCGCUAUGGUAAUAAUUCGUCCUAGAAAAAAAUCUUUAGUUUCCUUACUCAUCACCUUCCCAGAUAUUCAUGAUGUUGGCAGUAGGAUGAAGACGAGGAUUCUCACAGUUGUGAUUUUUGCUGCCGUUUUUGUCAGUGCUUAUAAUGAUGAUCACUGGAUACGCGGUCGUCGUCGCCAUGGUCAACAUGGACAUCAUGGCCACCACAGGCACUUUCCUCCUUUCCUGUUGAAUGUCACGAAAGAAGCGAAAAAGGAGUAUUACAAGAUCAUCAAUAAUUCGACUGCUAUCAUUGGUCAACAGAUGGAAGAAAUAAGAAAGUGGGCGGAGAGAAAUAAUAUUACGGACCAAGUGAAAAAGUUUGAGGAAGACAUGAAAACUCACAAAGAAGAGGUUAAGAAGAAUGUCACUGAUUUACUGGCACUAUUACCUGGAAUCCACAACGAAUUCUCCGAAAUUGUUGAGAAUGAGAAUCAAACUCGAUUCGAAAUGAGAGAGGCAAUCGAGAAACUAAGGGAGAAGAAUCGAGCUGCGUUUGAUACUAUGCUGUUUGGAGCGGGCGAGAUCGUGCAUCGAGGAAGACGUGUGGAACGUCAUCACAGAAGUUACGAUUGGCAUUACCAUUAUCACAAAUUCUAA